AUGAAUGUGACCAAUCAAGAUUUUGAUGAAUUUGUAGACAAUCUGGAUUAUGCGGAUUUACUACAGCGGACGGUAACAAGGUAUGCAAGAGUGGUCAUCAUCUGUGCAUCUGGUGAUGCUGUUCGUAAACUGAUGUUGGCAGCCCAUCGUCUUGGUAUGACCGAUGGCUCCUAUGCAUUCUUCAACAUUGUCCUCUUCGAUAGUUCAUACUUUGGUGACACUGGAUGGGCUCGUGGUGAUGGAGACGAUGAAGAAGCCAAGGCAGCUUACCGAGCGCUAAUGACCUUUACACUCCACAAGAACAAGUCCGAAGUCUUCGAUGAUUUCGCUCUACAUGUGAAGGAUUUGGCAAAAAGCGAGUUCAACUUCAGUUACGAUGAGAUAAACGAGGAGGUAAGAACCAUGGCUGGAUAUAGCUACAAUGCGUUCUUUUGA